ACCCGGCGAGAUUUCCCUGGCGGGAUGGUCCCCUGGUGCCAGGUGGAAGUGUUGUAUUUUGCAAAAAGCGCUGAAAUAGCAGGAAUUCCCUCUGAGACCAUUUCUGUGCCGCAAGAAAUAAAAGCAUUGCAGCUCAAUGAGAUAGAAGCACGCCAUCCAGGAUUGGCUGAUGUCAGAAAUCAGGUGAUAUUUGCUGUUCGUCAAGAAUAUGUGGAGCUUGGAGAUCAGCUCCUCCUUCUUCAGUCAGGAGACGAAAUUGCCAUUAUCCCUCCCAUUAGUGGAGGGUAGUACUUUUGAGGCACCUGGAAAAGAUAUGAAUGAAGUUGAAGAGAAAUCUAAAGAUAUAAUAAAAUUCACAUCUGAGAAACUUUCAGUAGAUGAAGUCUCACAGCUGGUGAUUUCUCCACUCUGUGGCACAAUAUCCCUAUUUGUAGGGACUACAAGAAAUAAUUUCGAAGGGAAAAAA